AAAUUCGCGCAGUAUUCCUUUUAUACCUCAACAUUCGCAAACAUGUUUGUACUUUGCGAUAUUUAGUUAAUCUACAACCAAUAUAGGUAUAGAUAGCUUUCAUUUAAACAAAUACAUUUGCACUUCCGGCGUUUCGGUUUUUGAGCGAUAAUCCGUCAACCUCAAUGGAAGCCCGCUAACGAAACCUACGGAUGCAUUCGCAAGCUAGCAGUUAGCACUGUGCAUUGUUUAUGUUUUGAAGGAAGAAAAUCAAACUAUAAACCAACUUUCUGAAAUACCUCAUCAAAAUGACUUCUGCCUCUGCGAAAGUGGGCGAAAUCUUCUCAGCAGCGGGGGCUGCCUUCACGAAGCUGGGGGAGCUAACCAUGCAGCUGCACCCCGUGUCGGACUCCAGUCCUGCAGGAGCCAAGUGGACAGAGACAGAAAUCGAACUACUUCGGUUGGCAGUGAAACGCUUUGGCGAUGACCUGAACAACAUAAGCACAGUGAUUAAAGAACGAACGGUAGCCCAGAUAAAGAGCACGGUGAAGAGGAAGCUGUACGAGGACAGCAGGGUCCCCAUCUCCUCGGAGUCCCCCAAGAAGACCAUGAAGAAAACCACGGUCGCCAUGGCACCCCCGCCGACACAACCCGCCCCCACCAUGAUUGCCGUACAAUCCUCGCAGGUCGUCGUGGCGACCGGAAUGCAGAACAGCCCCUCUAUGGCCCCGCCCAUCAAGAAGCAGAAAACUGCAGACGUGACGCUCAGUGCCCUGAACGACUCGGACGUCAACAGUGACCUGGUCGAGGGCCUCGGCUCUUCCAGCAAGAAACUCAACUUUGACCAAGAGAGCCUCAACCUGGACUCCAGCCUCAUCAUGAACUCCAGCGAUCUCCCUCUGCUUUCCCGCUGAGAUCCGCACCGCGCCGCUCCGAGUCUCCGACUUGAGGAUGCUCCCAAAGGACCCCCCGAAACCAAGCAGACUGAAUCAGCCGGGCCCUGGAGGGGACCCAGGCUCAGGAGCUUCCGAGCUACGGUUCUGUCGUUCUGUGUGAAACUAUCCUGGACAGAACUCUGACCAUAAACAAAACGAACAUUACUCGGUUGUCAAAACGAACAUUACUCGUUUUUUUUUCGUGUGGGGAGGGGGGGGGCGGGUUUUCAAGACCAUUUUUAUUGUUAUUUAUCUUUUAGGAAAAAAAUAUGUACGGAUAAAUAGCGUAUCAAAUUGUAGCUUUUUGUUAGUUAUGGGUAGGAAUAGUAGUAACCAGCCAGCCACUACAAAGAUUUUAGUACUUUUAUAUAACACAAUGGACGCUCUUGGUUGAAGAAGACACAAUACUUUGAUAUAGCGAACACAUAACUUUUUUAUUUUUUAAGGUUUGUGUACAAAAUUAUGAACAAUAUUGUUUUUGCCUAGUCAGUUUGAAUAUGGGUCUGUUAAAAUCAGAUAUCCAUUUUCACAUACAUGGCUGGAGGAUCUGAAAUCACAACUGGUUCUGUUUAAAUAUUAUACAUAUAUGUCAUGCUAACACAACGACAUAGUGCUCUGGUUUCAUUAAGAAUUAUGUUCAGAUUGAUGGAGUUAUAGGCUUUAAUUUGAUAGAAUUAAUCUACCAGACCAGUAUUUUAAUUUUAAGAAGGUUGUUAAAUGAUGGUCAACAUAUCAAAGGUUUCCUAAAAAGAAAAAUGUGUGUGUAGAUGAUGUGGUGUAUUUGACAUUGUAUAGUGGCACCUAUUCCCCCCUGAAGAGCUUACUGUGUACCUUAUGAUAAUCAAGAUAAUCGUUUCAAUAUACCAACACCUGCCAUGAGUAAUGUAUUAACCGACUUUUCAUGCUGUUUAGUAAAAACUAAAACGGUC